AUGUGUAAUGGCCUGCUCUGCCUUGCCGAUGAUGAUAUACUCACAGACACUAAUAAAUUCUUUGUGUGGAACCCUUGUGUUAGAAAGUUUCUCAAACUUCCUGAUCCCAAUAUUACCUCCUUCACAUUGGGUGAGUUCACUGCCUCUAUUGGUUUUGGAUUUGAUCCCAAAACUAAUGACUAUAAAGUGGUGAUGGUCGCGACCAUACUGCAUAGACUUCACCAUAGUAGGUCUAGACCCAUGGUCGCGGUUUAUUCACUUUCCACUGGUAAAUGGAGAAUGUUUAAGGAUCAUGUUGUUCCCACAUGUGCUGUACGUGGUCGUGAACCUCAAGCAUUUGUCAAUGGGGCUUUGCAUUGGCUGGCUUGGAAGAGGACUAAUGAUCGCAAAUUUCAUCCUUUUGUUUUGGUGCUCGAUUUGGGUGACGAGAUCUUCCGUGAAAUAUCACUGCCAGAAUUUCCAGGUUAUACCCGUGAAAGUGUAGAGGCAUUGGGCAUUUCUGUUUCCGUGUAUGGGAAUUCUAUCGCCUUGUUUCACAACGGAUACUUUAGUUUUGAAAGGCAGCAUUUUAAUGGUUGUCUCAACAUAUGGGUGAUGAAAGAGUAUGGUGUGGCUUCAUCAUGGACAAAAGUUUUAACUACAAUUGAUCAAGAUCCUGGAGGGGGCGUACCAAGAGCAUUAGGUUUUAAGAGGAAUGGUGAGGUUGUAUUGCUAAAGGAUGUUGGACAGAUCAUCUUGUGGAAUCCAGAGAGCCAGAAUAGUAAGCAUCUUAGGAUUACUGGAUAUCAGUAUACUUUUGUUGGUUCUUAUGUUGAGAGUCUAGUUUUUCUAGACAAAUCCACCAAAGGAACAUGGUUUCCUUCUUCUGGAUUUGUUGAGCUGAUUGAUUUGUUACAUGGUCUCAAUUCUCCUGUUGAUAUUACUACUCUUAGAAGUCAAAUUGCUAGUUUCCAUGUCUAA